AUGUCUUCUCCAACAGUGGCAUUCUUCGGCGCUACCGGCGGCGUCACGAACGCCAUCCUCGUGCACACCCUCCAGGCAGGGUACAAGGCGAGCGCGCUCGUGCGCACGCCUCAGAAGCUGCGGGACCAACUCAGCGCCCAGGGCCUAUCCGCUGAGGUCAUCAACAACCUGACCAUCGUGCAGGGCGACGCGCUCGACGUCGCGGCUGUACGGCGCACACUCAUGGCGGCGGCGUCGUCUCCCUCAUCACCGAGCGGCCAUCUCCCCUCGGUCGUGGUGACGGGACUGGGCGGCAGCCCCAAACUGCAUUUCGACUGGCGCCACCCGUUCCAGAUCGCGCAGCUCGACAACCCGACGAUCUGCGCGACGGCGGCGCGGACCCUGCUCGCGGCCGUGCACGAGAUCUCUGCCGAGAAGAAAGCCAGCAACACUACCACCGACAGUAACGCGACUGCGAAUGAUGCGGCCUCGAAACCGCUCCUGACAUUCAUCUCCACGACGGGCAUCUCGCGCGGACCCGAGGACGUCCCCCCGCCCAUCCGUUUCCUGUACCACCAGAUGCUGGCCCUGCCGCACGCGGACAAGCGCAACAUGGAAGACCUGUUCCGCGGCGACGCCGCGUCCGCGGACCCGGCCUUCCGCGCCCUCGUCGGCGUCAGGCCCACCCUGCUCGCUGGCGGCGCCGACUACCGCGACGGAAACGGCUUGGACAAGAUCCGGUGCGGCACAGAGGCGGAGCCGGCGCUCGGGUAUAUCAUCAAGAGAGCGGAUGUUGGGCGGUGGGUUUAUGAAAAUGUGGUCGGGGAGGCGUUGAAGGGGACGGAUGGCCGUCGUUUAGGACCCCCCAUUACUCCUGCAAACCCCUCCGCAAUCGACUCUGCCGUUUCAGCUGCAGCACGAGCCCAAAUCAAAUGGUCACAGACUACCUUUUCAGAACGACGUCAAGUCCUUCGAACGCUGCUUCGAUAUGUGCUUGACCAUCAGGAAGACAUUGUGGCCGCGUGCUGCCUCGACUCCGGGAAGACCAAGAUAGAUGCCUGCUUCGGCGAAAUACUUGUCACUGUCGAAAAACUACAAUGGACUAUCAAACAUGGGGAAAGAGCUCUACGUCUGUCAAAACGACCGUCCAAUCUCCUCAUGUGCUACAAGUCAAACGCUGUUGUCUAUGAACCUCUCGGCGUGGUAGCGGCGUGCGUGAGCUGGAACUAUCCCUUCCACAAUUUCAUCUCCCCGGUCAUUUCAGCCUUGUUUGCAGGCAAUGCAAUCGUGGUGAAGCCGAGCGAGCAGACAUGCUGGAGCACGUUGUACUUCAUCGAUAUCAUCCAAGGCGCAUUGCGAGCAUGCAACCACAGUGUAGAUCUCGUCCAGAAUGUUAUCUGUCUCCCGGAGGCUGCAGAUUACCUCACCAGCCAUCCAGGUAUCAGCCACAUUACUUUUAUCGGCAGCAGAGACAUCGCGCACAAGGUGUGCACAUCGGCUGCUAAAGCAUUGACUCCUGUCACGGUGGAGUUGGGUGGGAAAGAUCCUGCCAUCGUGCUUGAUGAUCCGAAGACCAUCAGGACCAUUGACGACGUGGUCUCAAUCCUCAUGCGUGGAGUCUUUCAAUCUGCCGGUCAGAAUUGCAUCGGUAUUGAACGCGUUAUCGCCUUACCCGCAAUUCACGAUAAAUUGCUAGCUGAGGUUCUUCCCAAGAUAAAGUCGCUUCGUCUGGGCUCUGUUCUCCUGUCAUCUCCCAACAACCCGCCCGACAUGGGCGCCAUGAUCUCGUCACGCAGUUUCUCGCGUCUGGAAACCUUGAUUUCUUCUGCUGUCGCUCAGGGGGCAACUCUGCACUGUGGAGGCAGACGAUUCAAUCACCCUGAAUAUCACCGCGGGACCUACUUCACGCCUACGCUCCUCAGCAACGUGACUCCUGAAAUGGAGAUCGCGCAAAAUGAGCUCUUCGCGCCUGUCUUCUUGCUAAUGAAGGCCGUGGACGUAGAUGACGCGAUCCGUAUCGCGAACUCGACAAAUUAUGCUCUCGGCGCUGGAGUUUUUGGACACAACCAGCGUGAUGUCCAAAAGUGCGUCAGGGGAGUCAAGGCAGGAAUGGUCGCCGUCAACGACUUUGGAGCCUACUACGCGUGCUCGCUACCCUUCGGCGGUGUCAAAGGUUCCGGCUACGGACGCUUUGGGGGCGAAGAAGGCCUCCGGGCUCUCUGCAACACCAAAGCUGUCUGUGAAGACCAUUGGUUAGCCCGGUCCCUGGGCAUCCAGACGAGGAUUCCCCCGAAACUACAGUACCCCGUUUCCAAGCAUGGCUGGGACGUGUGUAAAGGAGUCGUUGGCACGGGUUAUGCAUUCACCUUGGGCCUGGGGGAGUGGGCCGCAUCUGUGGUGAUGCUUUUGGCUGCCUUGAUGAGAAAAGAAUAA